AUGAUUUCUCUUGUUCACAAUCGAACAGAAAUACAAUUCAUUUAUAUUUUUUGUGAAGAUACAACUGAAUUAGACGAAUGGGUAAAGCAAGAGUCUUAUACGAAAAUCCAAGAUCGAGUUUAUAUUGAUGAAAAUAUUCUUUUCGAACAACUAGAAAAGGACCUUCCUGUGCCGAAACAGCUCUUAGCAACUUCAACCAAAGAAGAGCGGAGGCCGCUAAGCUUGUUUAAGAAUAAAGAUAAAGAUACUUUAAUAAGAAAUCUUAGUGAAGAAUCUGUUGCAUUCAUUCGGUAUCAGCUACUCAUUGAAAUAUUACUUCGUAUGCCAUUAUCGGAUAAAGCUAAACGCAUUAUGUUAGAACAUUGUCGAAGGUGUUACGACGAGAAUGAUCCAGAACAAACGCGUAUUACUGAAUUUGAAAAGACAUAUCGGAUUGGCGUACUAGGUACAGCAAUUCGUUGGUAUAGUCGUCCGUGUUUUCUAAACCGUUUAUUAGCAAAGGCUAUAAGCACACAAGAUGCGCAUUAUCUGUACACGUUUCGGUUUAUUAUUUCGGAAUUGCAUAAUGAGUUACGUUCAUUAAACUUGGUUAGAACUCAGUCAUUGCCAUCAAAACUCUUUAGAGGUACAGUUCUGUCAACAGAUAUCCUAGAAGAUCUAAAGAAAAACGUUGAGGGACUUGUAUCGAUGAUUGGAUUUUUUUCUGCAACUACCAAUCCAGCAAUAAGCGACAUAUAUGCAGGAGCUGGUCCGCUUCCGACAGAUGAGAAACAUGUUGUAUUCAAUUUAAACGUUAAAGAUGGUGUCACAACAAAGCCAUUCGCCAGUAUUCGACAAUAUAGUGUAAUGCCAGAUGAAGAUGAAAUCCUGUUUUCUCUCGGCACCGUAUGGCGUGUUCUAAAUGUCAAGCUGAAUGAAAACGAAGUAUGGAAUAUAGACUUAGAAUUAAGUAAAGAAGAUGACGAACGAUGCAUUGAACUGUCAGAAUAUUUGAAAAAACAAUUCGGAGACGUACCAACCCUGUUAACUCUAGGAAACUUUUUAUCUUCAAUCGGCGAGCAUGAAAAAGCUGAGAAAUACUAUAGAUUGUUAUUGGACGAACUACCCAAAGAUCAUAAAGAUAUCGGAGUGAUUUAUAAUAAUAUUGGCUUUAUACGCUACGAAAACAAAGAUUUUUGUGGAGCAGAAGAUUGGUUUCAGAAAGCAGAAAAAUUUUUCGAAAAUAUGAAUAAAACAAAUGCUAACACUGAUAAUAAAUUACAUGUUGAUAUAGUUAAAUAUAACCAUGAUCUAGCACGUUGGACCACUAAUAGUGCCCUUUUUUCAGCUACAUCGUUGAGAUGUCACAAUGAAACACUUGAAUGUAUAACCAAAUCUUUACAAGCAGAUCAUUCAUCGUCAGUUGCAAUCAUGGUUAACAAUAAAGGUCUGAUUCAUUAUAAACGAGGUGACUAUACAACGGCAUUAAACUGUCUCAUUGAAGCACUUAAAAUUUUAAAUGAAAAUAAUGCACGUUAUCCUCCAGACAUAUCAGCGGUACAUAAUAAUAUUGGUGCGACGUAUUUCAAACUGGAUGAACACGCUAAAGCUUUAGAAAAUUUUGAUUUAGCUAUUAAGGUUGGCCUAGAAUUGUUGCCACCGACACACAAGUGGAUUAUUGAAUACACGAAUAAUAAAGCAGCGGUGUUGAAAGGUAUUAGCUCUAGUCAAAGCAUCAGAAAUUGA